AUGCCUGGCUUAAAAGCCAUUAUUGACAAUUCAUUGCUGACAAGUUCAAUUCUACCUGCUGAUUUUCAAAAGAAACAACCAGACGAUGAUUCCGCUCCAAGUACAAGUAACAGCCAAUCAGAUUUAUUUUCCGAAGAGACCACCAGUGACAACAGCAAUACCUCGAUAACCACGCCAACUCUUAGUCCCAGCCAGCAGCCGCUUCCGACAGAACUGAAUGUAACUUCACCAAGUAAAGAGGAGUGUGGGCCAUGCACAGAUACAGCUCAUGUCUCGUUAAUCACACCAAUCAAAAGAUCCUGUGGUACAGAUUCACAGUCUGAGAAUGAGGCUUCGCCAGUGAAACGGCCACGACUACUGGAGAAUACUGAACGACCCGAGGAAACCAGCCGAUCUAAACAGAAAAGCCGACGUCGGUGCUUCCAGUGCCAAACCAAACUGGAGCUGGUGCAGCAGGAACUGGGAUCGUGCCGCUGCGGUUACGUGUUCUGUAUGUUGCAUCGCCUCCCCGAGCAGCAUGACUGUACGUUUGACCACAUGGGCCGUGGCCGAGAGGAAGCCAUCAUGAAAAUGGUGAAACUGGACCGGAAAGUGGGGCGCUCUUGCCAGCGCAUUGGGGAAGGGUGCUCCUGAAGGCCGGCUUGGCCGCUACGUGACGCUGUUCUUAGUUCACUAAUGUUAGCCUUAUUUAGGACAAAGUCAGCCAGACACCUUGUACUGGGCACGCGUCAGACUACAGCCAGUCCGUUUCCUUUCCUUAGCCAGCCAUCCUGGUACUGUAGUUUAGGGGUUGAUGGUGGUUGAAAUUGAUUUCUGGCUGGUUAUUAAGGUGCCUGCUAGCCAUUGUAUAAAAUUAAAACAUGAAGAAUAUUUUUUUUUGAGCAUGGCUAGUGGAUUUAAAACAACACAUACCUGUCACUGCUGGAGUCAAACUUACAAAAAGCCUUAAGUGGAAAGUGUUCCAGACGGAGACUCUGAGUCAAUAGAGGAGGAGAAGCUGGUGUUCAAGUCCCCACGACGCACAUGGCUUUGCCGGAAUCUCUGGUUAGUGUUCGGCCUUCACCUCUUCACUAUCCUUAGUCCCAGUAGCCAGGAUACCUGAUGGCCACGCGUGCCCGGGCCACGGGAGGCUGUUGAGAUUGGCCCCGUGGCUGGGCUGGGUGGUGGCCUCGCUCUCCCACUGAGCAGGAAAUGGGGGUGGGGACAGGUUAAGAAAAUUUACCUGACUUGCUAUGAAAAAACUCUCUCAUCACACGAGAAGAGAAACAGUAACCUCACUUUGAAAAUCAGCUCCACUCAAGCCUAGUCCACGAAUGAGAACCACCUUUUCUACACAGGACCCUUGGUCACGAGAAGUGCCCGCGGGCGCGCCCUGACCCACGGGCUCUGGUUUGCCGUUUGCCGAGUGCAGGGAUCUGGCAGUGGAUCAAAUAAGGCUAAUUGCAGCACCGCAGCUGUGGCCUCCAAACUGGCCUCUGCAGCUAGGUUUCUAGAUUGGAAGUUUUUUAAAAAGAUGUUUCACAGCCAGCAGGAAUCAAUAGAAGAGCUGGGAGCUGCCUGCAGCUCCGUCCCUUCCAGCAGGAGCCUGCUCAGCCCCUCCAAGGCCAAGGGGACGAUGCCUUGGCCUCGCCUCUCAUGUCUGUGCAGCCCCACAGUCCAAGGGCGACCAGUCCACUUCUACCACAUAGCAAGUUUAGUAAGGGGGGGGGGCAGCAUAUGUCACAGGGACAGAGGUUCGUGGCCAUGGCCUAGCUUGAGAGACACACUCGCUCAGGCAGGUGCAGGGAGGGCCUGUUUCUCAGCGUGUUUCUCUUCAGAGAGGAGUUGAGUGGAGGCAGGAGCUCAGGCCCAGUGGGGAUGGGUGGAGAUGGGCCUGUUUGCCAGUGUUAGGAAAUCAUCACCGAUCAGGUGUGGGGGGUGGGUAGACAGGAGAAAGAUGCCCUUGAAAGCCUGAGCAGGGGUGAAUGGCCCCAGAGCCCCAUCUGAUCCAGGCCGGUGAGGGUCGGAGGCUCCUGCAGAGGCAGUUUGGAUCUGCCCGCACACAGGCUACUGGAAUAGUUUAACCCAGCAACUUACCCUUUUAUACCACAGCAAGUGUUUGCUCAACUCUGUCUGCAAAUUAACAGUUAAUACCUGCAACUACAAAUCUUUUUGGUCCGAAAUACUGAAAUAGGAAAUCACGCUCUUCCCCGCCUCCUCUCCCACCCUACCCCCACCAGAGUGGAAUCCGCUGCAAAAUCUCCAGCCUUAAUUCUUGCUUCAGGACCCAGACCGGCGUCUUGCUCUAGGGCAGCCCAGGGCAGAGGGGCCAGGUCUGCCCACGUUUACCACUGUUACCAAGCCACGGCCCUCUGGCCAGUACCUGGCCAUCCUCAGUGAUGCGGCCCACCUCGGCCCCCCACCAAGCUCUGAUCGUGAAGAGGCCACAGGCACCCUUCCGGCCCUCCUCAGGCCCCACCGGCUGCUGCUUCCCGGCGGCAGCGAUGGGAAGCAGGCUCUCUGGGGAGCCCGGCCACACACGGGGCUCGCAGCCCAUGGUCACUUCCUGAUGGUAG